GUCGCCGCGUCCCCCAUCGCCGGCCCCACGAUGCGACGCGCCGAGGCGCCCGCGAGCGCCCACCCUGCCGGUCCUAUUCCAGAUGCUGGCAAAGGAGAGGGAGAGGAAGAUGAGGAGAAAGACGGCAUGAGGCUUGGUCUGCCAACCACCCCGAGGAACUGCAUCCCACGGCGGGGCAUCAGUGUCCUGGAGAAGCUGGUGAAGACCUGCCCUGUGUGGCUGCAGCUAGGGCUAGGCCAGGCGGAGGCUGCCAAGAUCCUGCAGCGGGAGAUGGCUGGGAUGUUCCUGGUGUGCCGGGACAGCAGCCUGAAGCAACUGGUUCUGUGUGUCCACUUCCCUUCCCUGAAGGACAGCUCAACCGAGGUGCUGGAGUACCCCAUCAAAGAAGAAAAGUCUGUAUUGUACCUGGAAGGCUCAGUUCUUGUGUUUGAGGACAUCUUCAGACUGAUUGCGUUCUACUGUGUCAGUAGAGACUUACUGCCCUUCACUCUGAGGCUGCCCCAGGCCAUCCUCGAAGCUAGCAGCUUCCUCGAACUUGAGACCAUCUCCAACCUGGGCCUGGGUUUCUGGGACUCCUCUCUGAACUCUUCAAGGGGCCCUGCAGAGCCACUCAGAAGCCUAGCCCCUGGGACCCCUGCAUCCUCCAGCCUCAGGCCUACAACCCAUUACGCGAAUUGUUCCUGUGAAAUCGAGCUCUCGGUGGGAAAUGACCGCCUGUGGUUCGUGAAUCCUAUUUUCAUCGAGGACUGCGUCUUACCGGCUGAUCCACCUCCAUUGCCUACUGGCUACCUUCCACGCCCUGUGCCUGCCACCCCGGAUGCUACCUCACCCACCUCUAAGGGGUCCCCACGUCGUCCCCCACCUCCACCCCCGGUACCCACUGUUCCUCCUACUGGCCCUGCCCGGCCUCCUGCGCCUCUUGUACUGCCUGCUGGUCCUUUGCCCAACUCCUCCCUAACGCCCACCUCUCACCUUGCACCCCAUGCACCGGGCCCCCCUGGCCACUCAAACCAACCACCCAUGACAGCCUGCGAGAGUCUCCCACGUCCAGCUGUAGGCCUGGGCCCAUUUGGAGAGGAAGAGAUGAAGCCUGGGACAACUCCCAGCCCCGUGCACCAAGCCCCUCCUCCUCCGCUGCCCCUGAAGAAGACUCUUCCAGCAGCUCCUCCCAGGAGGCGCAUUUCUGAGAGGGUAUCUCUGGAAAGCCAGAAUGUGGGGACUUCGACAGACAGAGACCACUCAGGCGUUUCUAGGACAGCCUCACUCAACCUUCCUCCCCAGAGCACCGUAAGUAACAUUGGGGACAGGCCUCCAAGGACCACGGAGCAAGGCCAGGACACAGAGGCCAAAGCCAGCCAUGCUGACAGCAUACCACUGUCUCCUGGGAUGGCCAAACAACCCCCAGUCCCACCCCCCAGGAAGAAGCGGGUCUCCCGGCAGCUGGCGUCAGCCUUUCUUAGUCCCAUGGAGACCCCCAUAAAGGAGGCAUCCUCUGAGAAACCGGCGCCUGGUGCACCUUGGGAAGGCUCGAGUCCUGCCCGGCAAGCUGAGAUGCAGCACCUCCAAGUCCAAACCAGCGUCUGUCCCCAUAGUUCUCCAGAGUUCAAGGGUUCCCUGGCCUCACUCUCAGACAGCCUGGGGGUGCCUGCCUCAGCGGCUGACCAGGACUCCUACUCAACCAGCAGUGCGGAAGAGGAGCUGGAGUUCAGCAGCCCCAACGUGAAGAAGAAGCCCUCGAUGAUCCUGGACAAGGCCCGCCACCGCCUCAGCUUUGUCAGCUUCGCCAGCGUCUUCCAUGCCUUCCUCUCCAGCGACCGCAAGCUGUAUAAGAAGGUGGUGGAGCUGGCACAGGACAAGGGCUCCUACUUUGGCAGCCUAGUGCAGGACUACAAGGUGUACAGCCUGGAGAUGAUGGCCCGCCAGACAUCCAGCACCGAGAUGCUGCAGGAGAUCCGCACCAUGAUGACCCAGCUCAAGAGCUACCUGCUACAGAGCACCGAACUCAAAGCCUUGGUGGAACCCACCCUGCACUCGGAGGAGGAACUCGAGGCCAUUGUGGAGUCAGCCUUGUACAAGUGUGUCUUGAAGCCCCUGAAGGAGGCCAUCAACUCCAGCCUGCUGGAGAUCCACAGCCGGGAUGGCUCACUGCAGCAGCUCAAGGAGAACCAGCUGGUGAUCCUGGCCACCACCACCACCGACCUGGGUGUGACCACCAGUGUGCCUGAGGUGGCUGUCAUGGAGAAGAUCCUGCAGAAGCUGACCAGCAUGCACAAGGCCUAUUCACCAGGGAAGAAAAUCUCCAUCCUGUUGAAGACCUGCAAGCUCAUCUAUGACUCCAUGGCUCUCGGCAACCCAGGGAAGCCCUACGGGGCCGACGACUUCCUGCCUGUGCUCAUGUACGUCCUGGCCCGCAGCAACCUCACGGAAAUGCUUCUCAACGUGGAGUACAUGAUGGAGCUCAUGGACCCCGCCCUGCAGUUAGGAGAGGGUUCCUACUAUCUGACUACCACCUAUGGAGCCCUGGAGCACAUUAAGAACUAUGACAAGAUCACAGUGACCAGACAGCUGAGCGUGGAGGUUCAGGACUCCAUCCAUCGCUGGGAACGCAGGCGCACGCUCAACAAGGCCCGGGCCUCCCGCUCCUCUGUGCAGGACUUCAUCUGUGUGUCCUACCUGAAGCCCGAGCAGCAGUCACGGACACUGGCAUCACGAGCAGACACAGCAGCCCAGGCACUGUGUGCACAGUGCGCUGAGAAGUUUGAGGUGGCACAGCCCCAAGACUACCGGCUCUUCGUGCUGGUGGAUGGACGCUGCUUCCAGCUGGCUGACGAUGCUCUGCCGCACCGCAUCAAGGGCUAUCUGCUCCGGAGCGAGCCCAAGCGAGACUUCCACUUUGUGUACCGGCCCCAGGACAGUGGCAAAGAUGCUUCAGGCCAGCCCUAUAUAGUGGUGCGGGAGCCCAACUUCCUAUAAGAUGACCCCCCACUGAGCUGUGUUGGCAAGAUCUCCUGAGAGGUGCCCACGUAGGUGCCUGCGUCAAUCACAUUGGGGCAACGCCCACCCACUUAGCAUGCCUAAGCCAAUCAGGCAGACUCAUAGCCUGAGGCAUCAUGUUCUUCAUUGGACAGUAAGGAAAACCAAGGCUCAGGUGGAAGACGCUCUCUAGCCAACUGUAGCAAACAAGCCCAACGCUGCUCACACCCAAUUCCUCAGGCAAUUCUUUCUGCCUUCCCCUGGCCCUGUCCCACCUCCUACCCCCGAUCUUUAGUCUUCCCUGAAAGAGCUCACGUUCCCCAGGACUGGCUAAUGAAGGGGUUCCUGACCCCAGCUGCUCCCUGAGCCUCGGGAUGGAGCUGAAAUGUUCCACCACAACCCAAGAUCUAAGUAUUGUGUUGAAGAGACAGCCCUGCACCUCA